AUGAAACCUUUCACAGACGGUGAUUUCAUCAAAACUGUCAUUAUUCAAGCAGCUACUAGGUGGUUUCCAGGUGAGGAUAACCGAAGAGAUUUUAUGAACAUUGUGCAAAACACGCGUCUUUCUCCUGCUACAAUCACGAGAAAAGUGAAUGUUAUGGCAGAUCAUGUUCACGAACAACUUAAUAUUGACCUCAAAAAAUGUGUUCGUUUUUCAAUUCAUUUAGACGAAUCGACAGAUAAGACUGAUACUGCUCAGUUAGUUGUGAUGAUUCGCUUCGUACUUGAAAAUGGCAGUGUUCAGGAAGAGCUGCUAGAGCUGAUUCCAUUAACGAGGAAAACAACUGGAUUGGAUGUUUAUCUUUCGAAAAAAAAUUCAAUCCUAGCACACGAAGUGCCACUGGAGAAACUGGUCGCGGUAACGACAGACGAUGCUCCGUCAAUGACAGGAAAAAUUACAGGAUUCAGUGGACAAUGUUUACGUGACCCAGACUUUCCACGUUUUUUAUCUUUCCAUUGCAUAAUAACACCAAGAAGUAUUUUGUGGGAAAACUUUAAAUAUAAAAACCGUGUUUGA